AUGAAAGCAAAAAAGAUUGCAGUGAUUGGCGCUGGGGUCAGUGGGUUAGGUGCCAUUAAGUGCUGCUUGGAAGAAGGGCUUGAGCCUGUAUGUUUUGAACAGAGGAAUGACAUUGGAGGACUGUGGAGAUAUGAGGAAACACCUGAAAGCGGAUGUGCUUCGAUUUACAAGUCUUUGUUCUGCAACACAUCCAAAGAAAUGACAGCCUUCAGCGACUACCCUUUCCCCGAUCAUUAUCCCAACUACCUGCACAACUCCAAAAUAAUGGAGUAUCUCAGGAUGUAUGCCAGGCACUUUGGUCUGAUGAAACAUAUCCAGUUCCUGUCCAAGGUGUGCACUGUGAGGAAACGCCUUGAUUUUUCAACCUCUGGCCAGUGGGAUGUUGUGGUAGAAACUGAUGGGAAACAGAAGACUCAUGUCUUUGAUGGAAUCAUGAUCUGCAGUGGUCAUUACACAGCAAAGUACCUGCCCUUACAGGAUUUUGCAGGGAUCCAGAAGUUCAAAGGCAGAUAUCUCCACAGUUGGGAGUACAAGCACGCAGAUGACUUUGUGGGGAAAAGAGUAGUUGUGAUUGGCAUCGGGAAUUCGGGAGCAGAUGUGGCUAGCGAGAUCGGUCAUGUUGCUGAACAGGUUUUCAUUAGCACAAAACGAGGUACAUGGAUAUGGACCCGGGUUUGGGAUAAUGGAAAUCCGAUGGAUGUCACACUCUUCACUCGUUACAAUAGUACAGUCCAAAAAUUCUGGCCCACAUUCCUGAUCAACAGAUGGGCAGAGAAUAAGUUAAAUGCAAGGUUUAACCAUGCCAAUUAUGGGCUGCAACCCAAACACAGAUUUCUCAGCCAUCAGGCCACCUUUGGUGAUGACCUGGCAAAUCACAUAAUUACCGGUAGAGUGCUGAUAAAGCCAAAUGUGAAGGAGUUCACUGCCACAUCCGCCAUCUUUGAAGAUGGCACUGAAGAGAGCAUUGAUGCUGUUGUCUUUGCCACCGGCUACAAACUCUCUUUCCCUUUCCUGGAGGAUGACUCAGCAAUCCUGGACAGCCAGCGCUCCAUGUUUAAAUUUGUCUUCCCCCCUCAGCUAAAGAAACCAACACUAGCUUUCAUUGGCAUAAUCCAGCCAAUAGGAGCCACUAUUCCCAUAUCAGAAAUGCAAAGCCGAUGGGUUGUUCGUGUAUUCAAGGGACUGAAAAAAUUACCCUCAGAACAUGACAUGAUGGCUGACAUCACAAGAAAAAGAAAGCAACUGGCAAAAACGUUUGUGGAAAGCCCAAGAGAUGCGAGUCGAGUGCAGUACAUCGACUACAUGGACGAAAUUGCUUCUGAGUUAGGCGUCAAACCUAAUCUGCUCUCUCUCCUCUUCUGGGAUGCAAAACUGGCCAAGGAGAUUUUCUACGGGCCCUGCACUGCAUACCAGUACCGUCUACAGGGGCCUGGGAAAUGGGGCGGGGCCAGGGAAGCCAUCCUUACCCAGAGAAACCGAAUCCUCAAACCCCUGAGGACACGUGUGUUCACACCUUCUGGGCCUCCUUCCUCUAGGCUGUUCUGGGUCAAGUGUAUCUGUGCUGUCAUUUUUCUCUCUAUUCCCAUAUUACUCAUCAUACAAAUGAUACAUCAUUAA